AUGUCUUCAGAGCGAGAAUUUGAUCUCGUCAUUUUUGGCGCAACCGGCUUUACUGGAUUCUUUGUUGUUCGUGAACUUUGCCUUUCAAUUGCCGAAAAACCAGAUGAAUACUCGAAUUUAAAGUGGGCAGUUGCAGGACGGAAUGACAAAAAACUCUCUGAAGUGCUCGCCAAAGUGGGCGCCGAGUUGAGCAAGGACCUCUCUUCAGUGGUGAAGAUCGAAGCUGAUGUGACUGAUGCAAAGUCUCUUGCGGCCAUGGCCUCUCGUACCAAGCUGGUGAUCAAUUGCGUAGGACCUUACCGGUUUUACGGUCGCCAGGUAGUGGAAGCCUGUCUUAACGAGGGCACUCACCACAUCGACAUCAGUGGUGAACCUCAGUACAUUGAGUCUAUUCAAGUGGAGUUCAAUGCCAAGGCGAAGGAGAAGGACAUUCUGGUGGUGUCGACUUGUGGCUGGGACUCUAUACCAUGUGACUUGGGAGUUGACUUUUUGAAGCGAAAGUUCGAUGGCAAGCUGCAUCACGUGGAAACUUUCAUGGCUACACGGCCUGGACCAGAGGUAACACUGUAUUUAAUUUAA